UAUGUCAAAUUUUAAAAAUAAUUAUCUGUUUGUUUGUGCAGUUUGUUUUUUUAUUUAUCAUAAAUGAAAGAGAAUCAAAACUAUAUUUUUUAAAAUGUUCAAUCUUGAGAUAUAACAAGAAAUAAAUAAAUAAAUAGCCACUCACGGAUGUGACAGCUGACAGGUUGACGCGUACGUACAGCUCGGGGGCUCAACGCCCCGAGUAGCUCCGGGCGUCAAACUCCCAUACUGGAAAGCGGCUCUGGUCACAAUACAAUACACACAAUGAAGACACUGCAGGUGGUAGAAGAACACUUCAUGGUUCUGUUAUAACUGCAUAUCAAAGAGUCUGAUACAUCUGUACCACUCUCAUUAGUUUCACCACAUGAGUGUCGCCAGAAAUUCUUUAAUAGUGCUCUCCCAACCAUACUAACAAUGGCAAACCCACCAAAUUGGAUCCCAGAGUCACCAACUAGUCGAUCAGUGCAGCUUACUGUGAUGAAGCAAUUGGAGAAACUGAAUAGUAUAGUCCUUUAUUCAAGUUUGGAUGAACAGGCCACCAAGAAACGGGUAGUUUACACAGUUGACAUGGCUCUUUACAAACCUUUAAAACAAAUAGAAAUGGCUGUCAAAGACUUGAAGAAAAAAUGGCUUGUAAAGCCUGGGGAACUGCAUAUUAUAAUUGCUCAGCUAAGAACAAUCGGAGAGUUUAUUCAAGGAUCUGGUAUACCUGAGCUAUGUGUGGAAUGUUACUUAUAUUCUGCAGCAAUAAUGAAACAAAUCCUUGAGGGAAAGCACAUCAGAAGAGCAAUUGAAGCUCAAAUAACUACUGUCUCUGCUUUAACAAGCCUGCGCCUGAAAGAAUUUGAGAAAGAGUGUCCAGAACAAUUAGACUAUUUUAAGCCACUUCUUCAACUGUUUGGAGAACUAAAAGAACUAUUGAAGCAGUACAUGCUGCAUUAG